GAAACAGAAAAUCCUUUACCUCUGGUGUGUGGGAAGGAGGGAGCUGACUCUCUAGUUACUUUUGCAGGAGCAACUUCAAUGGCUUUGUUGACCGUUUGCUACCUACAGUGUGUUAAGGAUGAAUGGAAAGUGAGGACUGGAGUCAGAUGGGAGGGCUUUCUUUCAAGUAGUUUAGCCUUGACGGGAAGGAAAGAGAGUGGCAGCUGGAGUGGGGCAAGGACCAGGGCAGCCACUACUCUCUCCAAGUAAGUGCCUGCUGAUGUGAUCAGCCUCUUCCAUGUCUCUGAGAGAAAAGGAAUGUCCUCCUGCCUGGAGCUCUCAGGAAGCCCUACUUUCUUCAGAAUUUUAGUGUCAAUUUUAUGUCAAGCUUACGUCAGAGCAUGGUGGGAGCCUCAAUAGCACCUUUACAGGAUUGAAAGAUUUAGUCUCAUUGCUUAAGAUACAGAGCCUGUCCCAUCCUUUCUUUCUCCUCCCCCUAACUGCUUCCCUUGAGGGGCGGUAAGGGCUUGGUUGCUAAUGGGUUAACUCGUGGACAACCACCGAGAGAUGCUUCCUAGAGAGCCCAGGAAGUGGCAUUGAUUCCCACCGAACCUUCCUGUGCCCCAACCGUAAUUUUUCUCCAGCAUCAGGCUAGUGUUCUCUCUUGACCAAGACAUCUUUUGGGGAUUUGGCGGUGGGGUGUAGAGGAGGGCGCUGCAAAGGCACGGACUGCAGCCGACAAUCUAUCAAGCUGCGCCGCAGGGGUGUCCUGGGACCCUGGACACGCGGAAGGGGACCACUGCAGUUUCACAGUCUGCACUAUCAGACCUCUCAUCCUUCAAGAAUUUUCCGAAAAAAUACUGCUCCCAACUAGAGAGAGGCCCCGUAUCGCCCUGGCCCAGGAUGGCUAGGGAAUCGAAGGAAAGCGCAGCCUUGGACGCCCCGUCUGCAGAGGACCGGACCGGGAUCCUGACGGUGAAGGUGGAGAAAGAGGAAGCUUCCUCCCUGGCUGCAGAGGCGGGCGCCCCCGGCAGCCCCGCUCCCGGCCUCGAGCACUUGCGCCAGCGCUUCCGAGGCUUCCGCUACCCGGAGGCUGAGGGACCCCGUGAGGCAUUGAGCCGGCUCCGGGAGCUGUGCCGGCUGUGGCUUCGGCCUGAGAUGCACAGCAAGGAGCAGAUCCUGGAGCUGCUGGUGCUCGAGCAGUUCCUGACCAUCCUGCCAGGGGACCUGCAGAGCUGGGUGCGGGAGCAGCAUCCGGAGAGCGGAGAGGAGGUGGUGGUGCUCUUGGAGUAUUUGGAGAGGCAGUUGGAUGAGCCAGUGCCACAGGUCCCAGGUGAUGACCAGGGGCAAGAACUGCUCAGGUGCAAGAUGGCAGUAUUGACACCAGCUCAGAAGUCACGAAAUGCCCAGUUUCAGCCAAUGAAGGCUCUGCUCAAGCAUGAAUCUUUGGGACCCCAGUCCUCACCAAACAGAGCUCUCCAGGUUCCUAGGCUUCCCCUGGGAGGGCGCUGCAGAGAAGAUGCAGUGGUAGCUGCCAACCUCACCCAGGAGUCCCAGAGGCCGCUGAAAAUGGAAGAUGUGGCCCUGACCCUCAGUCCUGGGUGGACACAGCUGGAUUCAUCUCAGGUGAAUUCGUACAGAGAUGAAAGGCAGGAGAACUGUGGCAGCCUAAUGGCCCUGGGUGGUGAAAUACGGACUAAGCUCAGGGACCUGCCUCCAGAGGAGGAACCUCCAGAACAGGAGCCUGGGCAGGUACCAUGCCACCUGGGUGAAGCCAUUGGCCAGAUUCCCGUGUGUGCAGAAGCUGGUGAACAGGAGGGCAGGUUACAAAGAAAGCAGAAAGGUGCUGCAGGGACGAGGCGGCACUAUUGUCAUGAAUGUGGGAAGAGCUUUGCUCAGAGCUCAGGCCUGACUAAGCACAGGAGAAUCCACACCGGGGAGAAACCCUAUGAGUGUGAGGACUGCGGCAAGACCUUCAUCGGGAGCUCUGCCCUCGUCAUUCAUCAGAGAGUCCACACUGGUGAGAAGCCGUAUGAGUGUGAAGAGUGCGGCAAGGUCUUCAGUCACAGUUCAAACCUCAUCAAACACCAGAGAACUCACACUGGGGAGAAGCCCUAUGAGUGCGAUGACUGUGGGAAAACCUUUAGCCAGAGUUGCAGCCUCCUCGAACAUCACAAAAUCCACACCGGGGAGAAGCCGUACCAGUGCAACAUGUGCGGCAAAGCCUUUAGGCGGAAUUCACAUCUCUUGAGACAUCAGAGGAUCCACGGCGAUAAACACGUUCAGAAUCCUGACCGUGGUGAGACCUGGGAGAGUCGGGAUAGGAUGGAGCACCAGUGGCAAAACGUCGAGGCUCCCGUGUCUUUUAAAUGUAAUGCGUGUGAGAGAAGCUUCACUAGGAAUAGAAGCCUUAUUGAACACCAGAAAAUCCACACUGGUGAGAAACCCUAUCCAUGUGAUGCGUGUGGAAAAGGUUUCACUCGACCUUCAUAUCUUGUUCAGCAUCAGAGAAGCCACGUUGGGAAAAAAAUCCUAUCACCAUGACCCGUGUCUUAUGUGCUAGAGUUGGUGCUCAUUCUUCAUUGAACUGAAGCCACCCUGGAGCCCUUGCUGAUUACAACACUGUGGGCUGGGCUUUAUUUACCACCACACGUCAGCAGCUCUUUGUUGGAACAUACAGAGUCGGGUUGAAAUGAAUUCUCUUCUGCGUCCUAGAAGGUGAUUAAAAAACAAACAAACCCUUGUUUGAUAGGAAGCAACAGGAGAGUUGGUCCGGAAGAGGUAGGACCUGAAAUGGUUCUCCCCUUUUGGACUUAAACGGGCUUUUAGACUGGCUAAUUAAUCAUACUGGGUCAGUGUGUUAUGACAUCUCCUGGGUGAACGGCUCUGAUUUGGGGGGCUGCUGCUCUGACUGUUCAUUUUGCCUCUUAUGAACCCCUCACCACUUGGUUGGAUCGAUGAUGUCUUAUACCCCUCAUUGUGCCUUGCAUAUAGGUGCUAUAAACAUUGAUUAAACAUACCAGUGAGACGACCUUAAUAGCUCUGAGAAUCUAAUGUUGUCUAGAUUGCUGAGGACUUUCCAAGGCUAUUGGUGUUUGUCCAGUUCUCUGAGGUUCUAGAUUCUGGGUUAAUCUUGUAUAGUUUUUGUCAAGUACAGAAGAUUAUCAGAGUUGGAGUGAGGAUUCCAUAUUUCUUCACGAGCAUAAUAGUAAUAGUAAGAAUGCCUUAAACAGAUUCUUUAUCAUUAAGACAUGGCGAGACUGCUUCUUCCAUACAAUUCCAUUCUGUUGUCUAUGUUAAUUAUAUUAAUUCACAUUAAUUUUACUACUCCUUAGGGGGAAACCUUUCACACUCAGGUAAGUAAAAAUCAGUUUAUCGAGCCAGAUCAAAAGGAUUAUGAAUCUGGACAUAAAUCCUGUGAUACUCAAUAGCUUGUUUCUCACCUUUUGGUUAUCUUGGGCCUAACCAAGUGCCCAGACACCGUCCAUAUCCCUCCCACUCGACCUAGGGCCAACUGUGCAUCAAGGCUUAUGCCAGCUUAAGCUUAAACUUCCUCCAGGUCAGAGGAUUCACACCAAUAUUUAUAACAAGUAUCAUUCAUGUUUUCAAAACUGCCCUGUGGUUGAGUCUUUUCAGAAACACAUUGGGAAUCCUGGGUAUCUGACCAAACUGAUUCCACAACAACCAAAGUAUCAACAUGUGAGAUCAAGACUCUCAAUAAGAAUUUCAUGAUUCUCCUAUUUUCACCCAGAUCACCUGUCUGCUAAUUUCCUCAAAGACCGCUAACUUCUUCCUGGGCCCUGAAUGCCUCGCUCCAGCUCCCAGCUUUACCAGGCUGUGCCAAGAAUGGAUUGUUUCUCAUGAAAUCCUGGACUCUGUUUUUUUCAGUCACCAGCAUAUCAUCUCUUCCGUUCUCAAGUACCCUCUCUGGACUCCUGCUCUGAAGUACCCUAGGUGACUAGGGGCUUUGCAAACUGUAGGGCUCUCUCUUUAUCACUUCCCUAUGGUCUUUAAUCACCUUGACUAUCCCCUCAUUGCAAUCUAAGUUCAAACUUUAGCUUUUCUUCACUUAGUCUUGUCAAGCCUUUUAAAGUAAUCAUAUUUUUAUUACCUCCAGAGCUAGCCGUCUUCUUUCCUCUCCUUAUCUUUACUUUUCCUAAAUAUUUCCUGAUAGCCCUGAUCUUAACACUGUUUUUUGUUUUUUUUGUUUUUUUUUUUUUGUCUUUUUGCCUUUUCUAGGGCUGCUCCCGCAGCAUAUGGAGGUUUCCAGACUAGGGGUCUAAUCGGAGCUGUAGCCGCUGGCCUACAUCAGAGCCACAGCCACUCGGGAUCCAAGCCCUGUCUUCGACCCACACCACAGCUCACAGCAACGCCAGAUCCUUAACCCACUGAGCGAGGCCAGGGAUCGAACAAGAAACCUCACAGUUCCUAGUCGGAUUUGUUAACCACUUUGCCACGACAGGAACUCCAACACUGUUCAUUUUUAUUUGGCAUUUGUGUCUUUUAUCAUGUGAAGAGAUAUGUGUGAAAGCCUUUUACAAACCAGAAAGCAUUAUAUACUUAACUUGGUAAGUGUAACUUUUUGGAAUUAACAAAGGACCAUUGUGCCUCCUCUCACUCUUUCUGUGCCUUCCAAACCUAAAAGACUUCGCUAAGAAAUCUAGAAGAGGAGUUCCCUGGUGGCUUAGUGGGAUAAGGAUUUGGAGUUGUCACUGCUGUGGCUCUAUUUGCUGCUAUGGCAUGGGUCUAUCCCUGCUCCAUAAACUUCCACAUGCUGUAGGUGUGGCCAAAAAAGAAAAAAAAGAAAUCUAGAAGAGGGAAAUAGGGUAGAAAAAUACUUGUGAGUGCCUACUAUGCCUGACAGUGAAAAGAAUGAAGCACACACACACACACACACACACAUGCAUACAUACUGGGGCUUAGGCUUUCAGUAUGGUAACAUUGAUAAGACUUGCACAUAAAAACAAGGCAGUGCCAUGAUAAAUGACUUGUGAAUGGUGAGUGAGCUGAAUGCUGUGGAAGUUCAAAGGUUACUUCUGGCUGUGUGCUGUUACUAUUACAUGGAUAGGGUAACAUAUUAGCUGAAAAGACUAAAGGAGUUUCUCAAAUUCAGUAAAUAAGGCAAGUUUGAAGAGGUAGGUACAUCGUAGGGCCUUCAGUGACACAGCAAAGGGGUUGAAAUUGGAUUCAGUGACAACAGGAGCCACUGACAUUUUAUGAUGAGAAUAUUAUUUAGGGAACUAUCUGGCAGUACUGUAUGAUUUCAGAUUUAAAAAUUACUUUGCUGAUAGGCUUUUAGACACCCUAUUUUUGUGUAUAACAGGUGUGUUAAGUAUAAAAUAGUAGUUAUAAAGUAAGUAAAUUAUAAAAUAGCUUUUGUUUUGUUUUUUUGUCUUUUUGAGGGCCGCUCUCGCGACAUAUGGAGGUUCCCAGGCUAGGGGUCUAAUUUGAGCUGUAGCCACCAGAGCCACAGCAAUGCCAGAUCCGAGCUGCAUCUGCGGCCUACACCACGGCUCACAGCAAUGCCAGAUCCUUAACCCACCAAGCAAGGCCAGGGAUCAAACCACAACCUGAGUUGGUUCCUAGUUGGAUUCAUUUCCACUGUGCCACAAUGGGAACUCCUAUAAAAUAGGUUUAACUCUAGCCUAUUUUUUUAAGAUGGUCAAAAAAUUAUUUUCAGGCAAAGUUAGAUCCAUUAAAAUAAGUUGCUUAGUUAAGAUAUUGGCAGUGUAUAAAGUAGAAUAAAAUGCCUCCUUUCAUGCUUUUAAAUACUGUUUUUAGGAAUUUUAGUGUCAAUUAGCCACUCUAUUUUUUCCAACUGAAGCAAUGCUGAAAUCCUUCAUUUUCUUUUGCCUUCUUUUUCAUGAAUAAGUAACUAGUUAUAGCAUAUUUUUUCUACUUAGGUAGAAUAAAUAGUUAAAAUGAAAAGAGCUUUUCAUGAACAGCCCUCCUAGAUGUGUUCUUAAUUUUGGAAAAGAUUCUCUUUCUCUGCCUUCUUCUUUAGUGGGGGGAAAAAUAGUAGGAAUGCCAGCUUUCCUCAGGGUUGUGAGGAUCUGCUUAUACAAAUAAGAGGUGCUGGAUAGAAUGAAAAUGCUUAAUAUUGAGAGAGAAAUGGAGAUUAAGCACUUUGUUAGCCAAAACCUCUGCAUACUGGGAUGACAAUUGUUUAAUCGUAAAAACAGUCUUAAAAUAGUGUCCUGAUGCAAGUGUACCACAGCAAUGAUCUGAUCUUGUAAUGAUGAACCAAAAUUAUCUGUUUGGUUCCACCUCAAUUAUUCCUCAUGAGAACGGUAACCAUUCAGUAAACUUAUCUACCUUUCUCUGUCUUUUCAGUCUAUUUUUUUUGUUUGUUUUUCCUCAUGAUAGCUAAAAUUGGGUUAGACGGAUUCAAACGAGGAAACUUUUUUCAGUCAGCUCUCCUAUUUUGUAUGUUUCAAAUGGAGUUGCUACUGCAGAAAUACUUGAAGAUAACUACUUUCCUGUGAACUUUUUUGUUAGCAUACCAUUUUUAUUGUAGAAAUAUCCUUUUAUUUCUGCAUCUACCCACAUUUCUCAUUUCAUUUAUGGCAUUAGCAAUUCCUUUAUAUUUACCACAUUAAUCUAAGACCUUGGAAUUUGAACAAAGCAAAGGUUCCUGGGAGUUCCGGCUGUGGCACACUGGUUAAGGAUCUGGCAUUGUCUCCGUGCUGGCGCCAGUCGCUCCUGAGGCACGGGUUCCAUCCCUGGCCUGGGAACUUACAUAUUCCUGUUUUUAUUCCAAUUUCUAAGCUAUUUCAAGAUUUUUGAGGGCCUAAGUGAAAAAAUCUGAACAAUCCUAAUGUAAAUUAUUUGUAUAAAAGUAAUAAACCAUGUGAUUAUUCCU